ACAAGAGAGAUUUGAUGAGCAUCCUCUUAGAUCAAUAAUUCAUGUGUCAUACUCAUGGAACAACCUAACAAAUUUAGGCAUGGGUGCACAUGGUAUUCCUUGUAUUGGUCCCAUAGAAACCAAAUGCUUCUUUCUUCUUCAUGUAUGCCUUGUAUUCUACGUCUCAUUCAGUAUUUGUGGUCUGAAAUUACUUGGGACUUUAGUUGUUACUUCAACAAUGAUGUACGAACUUUGGCAUCAUCAUCAUUCGUCCUCUGAACUUAUUUCCAAGUUGUUUGCUAUUGCGUUUGGGAAUGUUUUAGUGGCGGUUCCAAUUUGAUUUGUUUGGCAAUUACAUCAUAGAUUCUGAUGUAAAUUAUGAGCGAACAUAUUCUUGUUGCUUUUCUAUGAAUUAGCAUCAGCGUUGUUGAC